GCCAAGGCAGGCAACAGUAGGUCUCUUCCCCAGGGCAGUUGCUAUUGCUACUGUCUCCAGUCCCAGAUCCACCCGCCCGCACCGCCGCGCGCACCAUGGAUCCACCUCGGCGGCCGUUCCACCUCGGCCUCGCCGCCCUCCUCCUCCUGAUCCUCGCGGCCUGCCCCGCCGCGCGCGCGUGGAAGAAGGACGAGUUCCGCAACUGCAACCAGACGCCCUUCUGCAAGCGCGCGCGGGGCCGCGCCCCGCACUCGCUCGACGCGCCGCUCUCCCUCGCCGCCGGCUCCCUCUCCGUCUCCCCCGAUGGCUCCAUCUCCGCCGAGGUCUCCCACCAGUCCCGCCCGCGGCCCCUCGUGCUCCGCCUCUCCGCGCUGCCCCGGGGAGCGCUCCGCCUCCAGAUCGACGAGGACUACUCCACCAGUCCGCCGCGGCACCGCCGGUUCCACGUCCCCGACGUUCUCCUUCCGGACGUCGAGGCCCGCAUGCUCCACCUCCCUGAGCCCAAGACCGCCGGCGGCGUCUCCACCGUCUCGCUCUCCUCUGACCUCGACGUCGUCGUCAAGCACGAUCCGUUCGAGCUCACCGUCCGCCGCGCCGGGUCUGGCGAUCCCGUGCUCUCCUUCAACUCCCAUGGCCUCUUCGACUUCGAACCGCUGCAGGAGUCGAAGCCAGAGAACGAGACGUGGGAGGAGCACUUCCGGAGCCACACUGACACGUGCCCCCGCGGCCCGCAGUCCAUCACCUUCGACCUCUCCUUCCAUGGCGCCGACUUCGUGUACGGCCUCCCCGAGCACGCCUCCACCUCGCUUGCCCUCCGCCCCACCCGGGGCCCAGGGGUCGAGGACUCCGAACCCUACCGCCUCUUCAAUCUCGACGUGUUCGAGUUCCUCCACGACUCGCCCUUCGGGUUGUAUGGUUCGAUCCCCUUCAUGAUUGGGCACGGCGCUCGGGCGUCGUCAGGGUUCUUCUGGCUCAACGCUGCGGAGAUGCAGAUCGACGUGCUUGCACCAGGGUGGGAUGGGGCCACUGCCCCGGAGAAUGGCCGGAUCGACACGCUGUGGAUGGCUGAGGCUGGUGUGGUUGACGCGUUCUUCUUUGUUGGUUCUGAGCCCAAGGAUGUGGUCAAGCAGUACACAAGUGUGACAGGCACACCCUCAAUGCCGCAGCAGUUUGCAGUUGCGUAUCACCAGUGCCGGUGGAACUACCGGGACGAGGCAGAUGUUGCUGGAGUGGAUGCUGGUUUUGAUGAGCAUGAUAUUCCAUAUGAUGUGAUUUGGCUCGACAUUGAGCAUACAGAUGGCAAGCGGUAUUUUACAUGGGACCGUUCAACCUUCCCAAACCCAGAGGAGAUGCAGCGGAAGAUAGCAGAUAAGGGGAGGAAAAUGGUCACGAUCGUUGAUCCUCAUAUCAAGCGGGACAAUUCGUUCCACCUCCAUCAGGAGGCAACUGAGAAGGGAUACUAUGUGAAAGAUGCGACCGGGAACGACUAUGAUGGAUGGUGCUGGCCUGGAUCAUCUUCCUAUCCUGAUAUGCUGAACCCUGAGAUACGUGAGUGGUGGGCUGACAAGUUCACCUAUGAAAACUACAAGGGAUCAACUCCAACACUGUACAUUUGGAAUGAUAUGAAUGAGCCAUCUGUCUUCAAUGGCCCUGAGGUCACCAUGCCUAGGGAUGCAAUACAUUAUGGAGAUGUUGAACACCGAGAACUGCACAAUGCAUAUGGAUACUACUUCCAUAUGGCUACCGCAGAUGGGCUUCUCAAGCGAGGCGAGGGGAAAGACAGACCCUUCGUUUUGUCAAGGGCCUUCUUUGCCGGAAGUCAACGGCAUGGUGCAGUUUGGACAGGCGACAACUCUGCAGAUUGGGACCACCUUAAAUCUUCUAUUCCGAUGGUUUUAACUCUUGGUCUUACUGGCAUGACUUUCUCUGGUGCGGAUGUUGGUGGAUUCUUUGGAAAUCCGGAACCUGACCUAUUGGUGCGUUGGUACCAAGUGGGAGCAUUUUAUCCUUUCUUUAGAGGUCACGCUCAUCAUGACACCAAGAGACGUGAGCCAUGGUUGUUCGGAGAGCGAAGAACUGCCCUCAUAAGGGAGGCAAUACAUAUGCGGUAUUCAUUGUUGCCCUACUAUUACACACUGUUCAGAGAGGCUAGUGUAAAUGGCAUUCCUGUUAUGCGUCCUUUGUGGUUAGAAUUCCCUAAUGACAAAGAAACAUAUAACAACGGUGAGGCGUUUAUGGUUGGGCCAAGCCUUUUGGCCCAAGGAAUAUAUGAAGAGGGCCAGAAAUCGGUGUCGGUCUACCUUCCUGGGAAGGAGUUAUGGUAUGACUUGAGAAAUGGAUCUCCAUACAAGGGAAGUGUGUCGCAGAGGCUACAAGUUUUAGAGGACAGCAUACCCAGCUUCCAAAGGGGUGGUACAAUUGUGCCAAGAAAGGACAGAUUCAGGCGUAGUUCUACUCAGAUGGUGAAAGAUCCAUACACCCUGGUGAUAGCCCUUAAUAGCUCAAGUGCUGCAGAAGGCGAACUUUAUGUGGAUGAUGGGAAAAGUUAUGAUUACCAGCAAGGGGCAUUCAUCUAUCGCCGCUUUGUAUUUGCAGACAAUAAGCUAACUUCAUUCAAUAUUGCACCUGAUAAUUUGGGGAAGAAGAAAUUUACAACUGAGUGCAUGAUUGAAAGAAUUAUAAUCCUCGGCUUAUCAUCAGGAGCAAAGAAGGCUAUUAUGGAACCUGGAAGCCAAGAAGUGGAAAUUGAAUCAGGACCGAUUAGUUUGAGGAGUGGUUCCAGCCUUGUUGCACCAACAAUCCGGAGGCCCAACGUUCGCAUUGUGGACGAUUGGACAAUAAGGAUAGUAUAAGAGGUAGACCUUUCACAUCUGGAGCCUGAUGUCUCUUUUGGUCGCUGUCAGGUUAUAAAAUUAGGCCAACGUUAGAAGAUUUGUUGUGGCCUCAUAAGCAUUGUGUGUGGUAGUGCAAAUCAUUAUGUUUUUGUGGCCUCAAAUUUCUGCAUGUAACUGGAAUGCAUGCUGUCCUGACUACCAAUGUUGACAUAAAUCGAGACAGAAUUUGCUGAUGUAUAUUUGUAGCUUUGGUACAUUACAAGUCGAAUUCUUGGUCUUGCAAAAAAUAUAUGAAUUCCUCGAGAACAUUACGAAGU